AGUCUCAAUGAGCCUAUAAAACUAUAUUUGUUCUGAUAAAAUUAUGAAGCUCAUACGAAAAAGAGAUAAUUUCCAUUAUUAACGGAAAUAUCAACAUUAAAAAAAUCGAGUUAUCUUUUCAUAAAAACAAGUUUUUCAAACUAUAUUUUUACACCAUUUUCAAAAAGAUAUUUCAGCAUUCGCGUACACUUAUGAUAUUCGAUUAAAAUUAAAAUUAAUAUAACCAUAUUAUAACUCUGAUAAUAAUUUAAAGUUUCCUGGACUAUAUGAACAAUAAAUUGAUGAGAGCGAACUUGAAUUCUUCCAGUAUUAAAUUAGUCGUUAGUCGUGAGAUACUGAGUGGUGGAUAACUGGUCCACUUUAAUCAGUAUUUUUAAAAUGUUGUCGCAGUGGGCCUUAUUUCUAUUUUUAACAUAUAACUUUGCUAUAGCCAAAUUAUUGAAAAAUGAUGGUAAAUUCCCGACAGAUUUUCCUUUUGGUGCCUCAACAUCCGCUUAUCAAACUGAAGGUGCAUGGAAUGAAGACGGAAAAGGUGAAAGUAUUUGGGACCAUCAUGCUCAUUCCAAUGCCUCACUUAUACCAAACGGUCUAAGUGGAGAUAUUGCAUGUGACUCAUACCACAGAUAUAAAGAAGAUAUUCAACGUGCAGCAAAACUGGGUUUGAAAAUGUACCGGUUCUCCAUUUCCUGGACCAGAAUUUUACCAACUGGAUACGACAAUGUUGUCAACGAAAAGGGAAUUUUACAUUAUAAACAAGUAGUUCAUGAAAUAUUGAAACACGACAUGAUACCGGUAGUAACUUUAUAUCACUGGGAUCUGCCACAACGUCUUUAUGAAGAUGGUAUUCAUUGGACGAACCCCGAAUUAGCAUUUCAUUUUACAAAUUACGCUAGAAUUGUUAUCAAACAUCUUCCAGAUGUUGGAUAUUGGUUGACAAUCAAUGAACCGAAGCAAAUAUGUCGAUUGGGAUACGGCCUUGGAAUUCUUGCUCCCACAAUAAAGGGUAACGGAGAAUUGGAGUAUCAGUGCGCUUAUGUUAGUGCCUUGGUUCACGCCACAGUUUAUCACAUGUACAAAGCAGAAUUCCCUCAUUACACAGCUAAAAUGUCGAUAUCAGGAGAUUGUCAAUGGAUCAUACCUGCCACAGAUUCUGUACAAGAUCUACAAGCAGCCGAAAGACAAAGACAGUUUGAGUGCGGACUGUAUUAUAAUCCUAUUUUCAAUGGAGACUGGCCCGAAGUAGUCAAAAGGAGAAUAAUGAAAAGGAGUAAAGCUGCUGGUUUAUCAAAAUCUAGGCUACCAGAGUUCACACCAGAAGAAAUAGAGUAUACGAGGGGGACUACCGACUUUUUAGGAGUAAAUCAUUACUAUACAACAAUCGUUAGCAAUAUAGAAGAACUUCAUCACCUUGAUCCAAAUCUUUAUGUUUCCGAUCUUAGAACAAAUGUGUCAUUUGAUACAAUUAUGCCAAUUGGCGUAUAUAAUAUGUUAAUGUGGAUGAAUGAAGAAUAUUCACCAAAGGAAUUUUUAAUAACUGAAUUGGGAGUAUCUGACAGUAUUACUGAUUUAAAUGAUGUCGUCAGAGAAGACUAUUACGCGGAUUAUUUAUGCCAUAUUCUUGAAGCAAUGCAUGACGGAAUUAAAAUAUCAGGAGUAAUGUUUUGGAGUUUUAUGGAUAGUCUUGAAUGGAUAUUUGGUUAUAGUGUUCGCUAUGGUCUCUAUUACAUCGAUUACAACGAUCCUGAUUUAUUACGAGUACCGAAAAGAUCCGCUUACUUCAUCCAUGAACUUUUAGUAUCCAGACAACUACUUUGUCAAAACCCCAGACGAGACUGGCCUUUAGAACCCUUGCGUGCAACCAUACCCCAAAAUUAAGUAGUGAACGUUGAACGUAUUUUUUUAUUGUUUUUUAUACUUUUUAGAAUAACAAUUUGUGCUGUUUUUGAAUAAAGAAUCGUUUUUAUGAAUUUUGCAUCAUUUUAUUCGUUCUAUACACACUACCUAUCUGCUACUAACACUAAACUCUAAACUUACACUAACAAAUAAACUGCUUGAUGCGCGUAAUGAUAACAAAAACUUUAGAGAGACUGAUGGUAAUCUAAAAUUUAAUUAAUGCAGCUGAUAUAAUGCACAGCUAAAUUAUGAGACAAGUUAAUCAUUCUGGAAACAAUUUAGUUCAAGAAACCACUUGACAUAAGUUUAUAUUCAAACAGCUUCGUUUUAGUAUCAUUGUAAUAUCACAAGGAUACUAUAGUGCAAUUAUAAGAUAAUUAUUAUAUUUUGAAAAUUUAAGUAGUCGUUAGAUUAUGAUACAUUGAGGUUUCUAUCUGAUUAAUCCGAAAUUUAUAAAUAAGUCAAUCUAAUUAAACCUAGCCUUAACCAACUCUCCCACUGCCAAUUUCACUCAUAUUAUAUGAAGAUUUAUUAUAAUUUCACUAUAAUGAGAAGGAGGAUUGAGCUUCCUCAUCACUUAAUGUUGAUUCACAAUUUCUGAUGACGAUUGACGUUGAUUGAUGUUGGAUCACAGCUCUUAAAUACAGGAUAAUUCAUUAAGAAUGUCCAAUCUCUGAACUGUAGAAUCUAGACCUCAAAAUAUGAUGAUUGUGCUCAACAUGCCUUAUGCAAAUAUUGCUAGUUUUCGAGAUACGAGUUCAAAGUUUGAAUUUAAAUUUUGAUUUUCGUAAUAAUUUUUUAUGUUUUCACAAUUUCUCUUUGAAAAUUGGCAAUUUCACGAUUUUGGCAUGAGGAAUCAUAAUUUGCACUCUAAUUUAACAUUGCUAAUGGAGGGCGCUAGUUACACUUGUUUAUGUUAAUUAAAUCAAAGUAAACUUUUUAUGGGCUAAACUUACAACUAAAAUAUUAAAAAAAUAUUAAAAAGCGUUAAAUUCUACAAAAAAAGUUACUCUUCUUUGAUUCGUGUAACUCAAUCGAUUUUCGAGUUAUUUGCUUCUAAAAAGUUCAAUAAAAUUUUAAUUUUUUAUAAAAAAUUUUUAUUAUUCCUUAAAUAUGUAACAUUAACAAAUUUGUAAACAAAAAUAAAAAACUUCAAAGCAAGUGCUCAAAAUGUACACCAUUUACUUCCAUACACUUUAUGAUCCGCUUUCGUAAAGAUCUCUUAAUAUCAAAUAAUCCUUGUCUAUUAUUUUUAAUCGCAGUUGUGGAAGAGAAGUAAUUUUUUCUUGAUAAACUAAUGCCUUCAUUUGCGACCAAAUUGAAAAAUCCAAAGGAUUUAAAUCAGGGCCUCUUGGUGGCCAAGCAAACUCACUUCCACGACCAAUUUAUCGAUGCGGAAAUUGUUCGUUUAAGUAAUGACAAACUUGUAAAUAAUAAUGUGGUGGUGUUCCGUCGUGCAAAAACCACAUAUUUUGUCUUAAAGCGAGAGGUAUAUCCUCUAGUAAUUCGUGUAAAUGUUCUUGAAGAAAAUCUAAACAAAGAGGUCCAUUUAAAUUGAAGGCAGUUCAAAAGGACCUAUUAAAUACCCAUAUAUUACACCACACUGCAAAUAACUCGAUAACCGAUUGAGUUACACGAAUCAAAGAAGAGUAACUUUUUUUUGUAGAAUUUAACGCCUUCUAAUAUUUUUUUAUUAUUUUAGUUGUAAGUUUAGCCCAAAAAAAUCUACUUUGAUUUAAUUAACACAAACAAGUGGAACUAGCGCCCUCCAUUAGCAA